UCUGGUGAUAAGUGCCCUGCUGUGUCGCUAGCUCGUCUCGCACCUGCCAUGCUUAGGGUGUCUUAUUGCACGCUAUAAAUCCCACUCAGUAUCAACACUCCCCACUCUUAUUGGACGAUAUAAUUCCCACUCAGUAUCAGCACUCCACUCGACAGAGCACAGUUCAUGAGCUUGAGUCGCACAUUACGGGCUGAGGCUGCCGGACGUGAUGACGCCGGAGUCGCUUCUGCUGCAGCGGAAAAUCGAAAUUUGCACGCCACCGAAAAUUUUGAAAAUUUUCGAAUUUCGAAAAUUUUCACACUUGCCGGAGUUGCGGGAGACACGAACAAAUUAAUCGAACGGAACAGAAAGAGCUGCGCCGAGAGUUUUGUCGCUGAUGGAAUGCUGGUGCGCCGCGGCCUGAACUGCUGCUGGUUGCUUAGCUGACUGGGUCUCCAACUGACUGGGUCUCCAGCUAACUGGGUCUCCAGCUGACUGGGUCUCCAACUAACUGGGUCGCCAGCUGACUGGGUCUCCAACUGACUGGGACUUUAGCUAACUGGGUCUCCAACUGACUAGGUCUCCAGCUGACUGGGUCUCCAACUGACUUGGUCUCCAGCUAACUGGGUCUCCAACUGACUGGGUCUCCUGCUGACUGGGUCUUUAACUGACUGGGUCUCCAGCUAACUGGAUCUCCAACUGACUGGGUCUCCAACUGACUGGGUCUCCAACUGCUUUGGUCUCCAACUGACUGGGUCUCCAACUGCUUUGGUCUCCAACUGACUGGGUCUCCAGCUGACUGGGCCUCCAACUACACGGGUCUCUAACUGACUGGGUCUCCAAGUGACUGGGUCUCCAACUGACUGGGCCUCCAACUGACUGGGCCUCCAACUGACUGGGUCUCCAACUGACUGGGUCUUCAACUGACUGGGCCUCCAACUGACUGGAUCUCCAACUGACUGGGUCUCCAGCUAACUGGGUCUCCAACUGACUGGGUCUCCAGCUGACUUGGUCUCCAGCUGACUGGGUCUCCAACUGACUGGGCCUCCAACUGACUGGGUCUCCAGCUGACUGGGUCUCCAACUGACUGGGUCUCCAACUGACUGGGUCUCCAACUGCUUUGGUCUCCAACUGACCGGGGUCUACAACUGACUGGGUCUCCAACUGCCUGGGUCUCCAGCUGACUGGGUCUCCAACUGACUGGGUCACCAACUGCCUGGGUCUCCAACUGACUGGGUCUCCAACUGCCUGGGUCUCCAACUGACUGGGUCUCCAACUGCCUGGGUCUCCAACUGAUAGGGUCUCCAACUAAUUGGGUCUCCAACUAACUGGAUCUCCAACUGACUGGGUCUCCAACUGACUGGGUCUACAACUGACUGGGUCUUCAGAAGACUGGGUCCCCCAGCUGACUGGGUCUUCAGAAGCCUGGGUCCUUCAGCUGACUGGGUCUUCAGAAGACUGGGUCCCUCAGCUGACUGGGACUCUGCACUGCUGGGCCCGUCUUGUCGUCUGGCCCCAGCUGUGCACGGCUGGGCCCGCUGGGCUGCCGAGUAUGCUGCGGAGCCUGCCUACUUCCCGACUCGCUAUAGUGGCGCUGCUCUUGCUGCUCCUCACUGACGCUAGUCAGACACAGAGAAGUGAUGCCCUAAGAAGUGAUCAACAUAUGCGACAGAUCGUGGACCGUUCACCAAACAAGCCAGCAAGAGAUCUCAGCGCCGAUCCGACCUCACAUCUCAGUACGAACGUAAUGCGCUUGCGACACGAGGGUCACUUACAGCGGUACGGCGGCUCUACCGCGGACUACAGCUUACGGGCAAAUCGUAUACACAAUACUUAUAGCCAGAGCGCUACCGACGUAGAACAUUCGAAACGAGUCUCUUCGACGAGGAGAGACGGAAACGAACGAGAUGAAAGAACGAAUAGAGCUGAGCUUAAUUCAAGAUGGCAGCCCUCGGCAAGUCAAUACUUGAACUCAUCUUCGUUCCAUCCAUCUCAUAAUAAUUUUCACCAUAGAACUUCAAGCGUUGCGCGAAGCCCAGCUGAUGAAGGUUCUCGACAUAACAGUCAAAACCGCCAGGAAGUGGCAGAUUUAGGAAGAAGCCGUCAUUCAGUUAUUAAUGAGCCUUAUUCGAGAAUCAGAACUCGACCACAUUAUUCCUCAUCAAGUUCACCCUAUGGCAGCCCUCGAGUAGCAUCACCUUUAACGAGGCCUGAUCUCCACCGAGAUGGAAGUUCAGUAUUAGAUAAGCCCGACGGGCGCUCCUCACACAAUUUUAGCAAUAGCAAUAGAAAUCAAUAUGUCCAAAAUAAUUUAUCGCACAACUUGCAAAGUCAAUCUUCUCCUCUAGUCUCUAACUCUCCUCAUCUAACCGAUACGAGAAUUGAGCAGCAAAAGUCCAACUCGGAUCCAACAAUGGAAGACGAGGACACUCUAACUCGCAGAAUAGAUGAGAUUAUCCAGUCCAGACAAAGCAAAACGCGUGAGAUUUCUAAUGGGGAAACUGAUGUCUCCCGAAAAAUUAAUGGGCUCGAUGCAGGAGUUGUGCAGAAAUCGUCUUCCUCAAAUUCAAAUAGAAAUAGUCGAGCAGAUGAACUCGAAACUGCGCUGACAUCAACUCUAGAUCGCCAGACCAGCCAAAGAGAAGAACAACCGGCGAAUAAAGGAAGGCAUCACAGGAGAGAUAAGUCUAAAAAGAACAGAAACCGAAACCAGCGAAAUCGAAACCAAAAGAGAAAGAAGAAGAAAGGAAAUCGAAGGCGAUUGGAGGCGUUAAUAAAAGAGCACAGUUUGACAAUACACGACGUGGAAGGAGAAUCUUUCCUGGAUUGCUGCCCUUCUAAAUUGGUGGUCGUGGAGAAGCAAGUGGGCAAAGCACGGGACAACCAUGCAGUCGAGCUGCAUCCCGACUCUCAAUACUUCUACGAACGCGUCUGUUUAGAUCAAUUUGAAGGCUCGGAAUGUAUUUUUCCUUCCAGAGCCGUCAAAUCCUGGGUUAAAACUCGCUGCGCUCCAACAUAUUCAUAUUCACAAGCGUUGGUGCGCCGCUACGCCACGACCGACGACUGGUCGCUGGACUACGUAGAGGUGAGCAGCGGCUGCUCCUGUCAGGUCAGCCUCGACGCCAGCCCCGACAGAGACUCUGGCGCCAGGAAUAACUCCGCCUCGGCACUUGCAAGAAACUAAGUGCAACCAACGUCUGAAUAAUCUCAUUAUUAUGACUGCCUAUCUUUAUUGUAUUGAAUCAAAACCAAUUACGCGGUAAUAGGUGAUUGAUUUCUUAUCAUACACUCUGAGGAAUAAUACAGAUAUUCAACGGAAACGAUAUACAGUAUCUGUUGACAAGCGCCAGGAAUCACUCCGCCUCGGCACUUGCAAGAAACUAAGUGCAAUCAACGUCUGAAUAAUCUCAUUAUUAUGACUGCAAAUGGUUAUUAUAUUAAAGCAAGACCAUUUACGUGGUAAUAGGUGAUUGAUUUCUUAUCAUACGCUCUGAGGAAUAUAUGCAGAUAUUCAAUGGAAACGCUAUAUCUGUUAAUCCUCAGAAAUUCUGAUGUUAAACUGAGAGGUGCAUUAGGAAGUAAACGGUUCAAUCUUAUAGUCCAUGUUGACCAAAGAUAUGUGUACCGUUUAUACUAUGCAUUUAUUUACUUGAAGCAAUCUCUCAAGGAAAUGUACUUUAUUCUUGAAACACGUUCAUAUUACGUAAAAAAAUUUACAAGCCCUCGUUUGACACUUAUAACAAUAACAGGGUUUUGGAUUUUGAAUACAAUAUUUGACCAUGGGUAUAACAAAAUUGGCACCACGUUUCUUGACAUAGCGCGUGAAUCUGCUUCAUGUCACUAACUUAUCACAUUUUGAUUUUAUUUGAGGGUUAUGUGGCUGAUUUUUCUUGCCCUUGUAAUAAUGCCACCAAAUUUUUAACUCACUUUACUAUUGUAUUUGAUUUCUCCUGAAUGGUAACUAUUCGGGUGGAAGUUAUUGGAAAAUUGUAUUUUUUCCUAGCUACAAAAAUUCAGUUUUUUAUUGAAUUAAUUUUCGAUUUGUUUAAUGGAAGGUAAUAUGUUGUGAGGAGUGUUUUUCAGCGCCGAAUUCUUUUAAUUUACCUUAAAUGUACGUCUAAUUUGUAUCAAUACUGGAAGCUUUAAACCAGCAGGAUAGCACUUCCAUGUGUACACUGCACUCAUUUCGGUAAUAAUUCGAACUGUCACAUUACAACCUGUGGACGAAAACCAUGUUAAACGAAUUAGCAAAUUCACUGAAUUGGAACUAUAUUUCUCAAAAUAAUUGAUUAAAAAUUUCACUCAUUCACUUGGUAGUAAUGUUGGUAACACAAGCGCUCUAGUUUAAUUCCAGAGACGCAAUAAAAACUUCCAAGCCCACAACUUGAAGUUGUGGCCGCUUACAAACUUACACACGGAGAAAAAUGGGAGGCAAUGUUAACUUGAGUGACCGAAAUUUCAAUUCAACUCGUACAUGACAACUCUUAUGAACUUGAUAAACAACUUUGAGUUGAAAUAUUGCACAAGUUAAUGGUAUUUAAGAAGCAUUUUAUUUUUAUAUACAAACCGCAGGGCGCGCUUGGAGAAGCGGUGGCAAGGCAUCGAAAAGCCAUUGCAGGCCGCAUAGAAAGGACGGGAUACAAUCAGUAAUUUGUCUAACGUUGAAAAAGAAUUCCCGCGCUGACAAAUACUUAGCUUACUAUAUAGUGAUUCACGGUAACUUCCUAAUUUGAAAACACAAUAAGAAAAGAACUACUCGUUGUAAAGAUAUCUUUUCGAUAUGAACUUUGUUAAAAAAUACAUUAAAUAAAAUUUGUAUCACUAAGUUCUAAAAAUGACAACGGUCAGAUGAUGGCCCACAUUGUUGAUGCAUUUAGUUAGUCGAUUUAUGAAGUUUCGUUCAAUUCGCCGUAGCUUUUUGACGGGUAUGUUGGCGAUGGCUUGGCAUAUUCUGUUUCUCAAAUGAGGUAGGGUCCUUAGACAGUCAUUAUAAACAAUUAUUUUAAGAUAACCCUUUAAAAAAUCACAUGUAGCCCAAUCGGGGUAUCGGGCCGGCCAAUGAAGAGUCGCCUCUCAAGGAGAUAAGGUGAAUAAAAGCGUGUUCAUGUGCUUAACGGUGUGGAGAACGCAGAAACGCCUCUCUAAUUCUCUCUACGUUUUCGAGUGUUGUGGCAGUCCGAUGACCUCCAGAUCCUCUUGCGUUCACACUUCACUUGCCCUUAAAUGUGUUCACCCACUUAACAAUCGAUUUCCUCGAUUUCCGAUCAGGAACCCGACCUGAAAGACGAAGACGGAAUCGAAUGCGGAAUGCUCGUUGAGUAGCGAUAAUGGAAUGGCCACAAGAAAGUAUGCCUCGACAGCAAACGCACGCUGCUCACUUGUCCAAUGCAUAUUGGCAACUGUCUAGGUAGGACACAAACGUCAUAACCUUGCCUCUCAGACGAAAUAUUUUUCGUCCUUUUCCUACAACAUUUGACUGCUUGGCGUCAAAUUUAAAAUAGGAAAUUUCCGUGAAUCGCUCUGUAUCAAAGCAGAGCUGAACUUAAUUUACAGAAAAUCAUUGACAAUCGGUGACGGCGUAGACGAUAGUAUCUGUGCAGGCAACUAACGGUAGCACAGGCGACGGACGAUAGUGCAGACGACAUAAGAUGAUGCAGACGAUAGCCAGGCUAUCACGAAACUGUAAUAUCUCAAAAGAGUUAAUGUUGGUAGUUUCUUUGACUUCUUAGUUUAAAAGUAUGGUUUCAAGGUACAUUCAGUCUGCUCCAUCCGAAGAUACGAGCGACAAAUAAAACUUCUCAACAAGACGGUUGGUUCUGAACGUCUGAUGUUCAUCCUCCGGGUACUAAGUUUGACUCAGUUCUAGCUUCACCAUGUCUACCUCAAUGCUCCUGCCUCAUUUAUAUGACCAACAUUGUUUUUAAGAAACUCCAGCGAUAAUCACAGAGUUUUUGAUAAGAAUUUUGUUGGUAAUUUCUAAUUUUUAAACAUAAAAAUCGUCUAAAUAAUUAUUUGAAUAUACUUUUGAUUUUAGCAUAUUUUUACAGAAUGGGGAAUAAUUCUGUUCGCUUCGACCUUACUUUACCUUUAGAGUCUUUAUUGAAAUCUCAUUAAGUUUACUUCUACACUUAUCGGCAACGUAAAGUAGAUUCUUAUUAUACAUUUUGGCAGGAUAACUAGAGGGCAACAUAAGCUUGAUUUUAGUACAGCCGAAUAUUUAGUUUUGAAAUGAUCAAAAUAAAUAAGAUAUAUGUAAUACUUGUUUCGUUUCAUCUUCUCUCCCUGUUUUUACAAUUUUUAAUUACUGCCAAUUCUCCGUGCCCUGGCUUGAAAAGCAAUCAAAUUGAUGCUCUACCUUCCUCAGACAAUUACCUUCCUCAGAAAUAAUUGUCGAUGUUAGUGAUGCUGAUUACCUUAUUGGCUUCACUUCUUGCCUUUACUCUGCACAGGUGUGUUCUUAGAGGCCAAAGACAAAUUCUUUAUGUUACUUGUAAUUUCGGUCCAUCGCUAUUCAUGAUCAUAUUAGCUGCAAUCGCUAAUACAUAGGAUUUUGCCACCUCUUAUGCUGACAAAUAGACAAUCAUCCUCUGUUCAUCUCAGGCUGUCCAUUUUUCCUCGCGUGGCGCAACAGAAAUUCAAAAACUCGAUAUAUUCUCAGAAAUUCCAUAGAAUUUAUUAGUAAAUGAACAAAAUUAGUUAUGCACAAUCGUUGCCUCUAUUCUAAAACAUUAAUAUUAUAUUAUUGCUAGAAAAUAUUUUAUAAAUAACCGACUAUUGUUACGAUGCUCUCAUUAGAUUGUGAGUAGCAUUUAAUAUUAGCAACGAGAUUUACUGGUGCUCUUGCUCGUAUAAAAUCAUAGUUUCAACGCAAUACUGUAGGCUUAAUUUAAGCUUAACUAAACGAGCCCUCUGACAUCCUCUGUAUAUCGAGGUCGUGCUAAGAAACUUGUACAUUUAUGUUCUGUAUAUCUGGCAGUUGAGAAUCGUUUUAGCUUUUAAACUAGAUUUAAGCCUUUAAAAGCAUAACAUUUUUUUUGCUCGAUGAUUCUCUAUUAAACCUAAAUCAAC